AUGCUGUGGACUCCUUUGCCCGGCCGUCCCCGCUGCCCCAGCUGCGGGGGCUGCUGGGGGGGUUUGGGAAUUAGCUGCGACGGGCAAGUGGUUAAGUUGCUGCCAGCUUUGCUGCUGCAGCAGCAGCAGCAGCAGCAGGCAGCGGCGAGCGCGCGGGACCCCCAGCUGCAGCAGCUCAAGGCGAAGGGCGCCGUCCUGCUGCAGCACCAGCGCCUCCAGGAGAAGCACAAGAGGUACGUGCUGCAGCAGCUGCAGCAGCAGCUGCAGCAGCAGCCGCAGCAGCAGCGCAGACACAGACAAAGACACAGACAUCACAGCAGAGAACCCCCCAGGCCUUCCCCGCUGCUGGAGCCAGCCAGUGCACCGCCGCCGCUGCGCAUUUCUGCUGAAGAGAAGGCAGCAGUGCCUGCAGCAGCAGUUGCUGCAGCAGCAGCAGCAGCAACAGCAGCAGCGGCAGCAGACGACUGCCUGCACCGCACCUGCGACUGCCCCGUCGGCCUCUACGCAGAAGCAGGGCGCUUCUGGCCUUCUGCUGCUGCUCGCUCGGCUGCCUCUGCUUCUGCUGCGGCUGCCGCAGAAGCAGCAGCAGCAGCAGCAAAAGCGCGAGAGGCUGGCUCCCAAAGCAGCUGGCAGGACGAAAUCCACAAAGCUGCAGCAGCAGCAGCAGACGCCAUCGAGUUUGCUGCUCAGGCGAGCUCGGGCGACCUCUGCAGCAGCCUGCCCUCCCGGCUGUCGAUGGCUGCAGCUGCGGGCGGCGCCCGCAGCAGCAGCAGCAGCAGCAGCAGCAGCAGCGUGAGGUGGGGCAUGGGCAGCGACCCGCAGAGCAACCUGGCCGAGGCGAACGCCAUCGCGCUGCUGGCCAUGGGCAACGCAGCAGCAGCAGCAGCACUUCUGGACAAAGACACUGCUGCUUUGCUGUCGCACUUGGUGUUGGUGCUGCAGCCCCCGCUGCUGCAGUCCCGCGCUUUGCUGCCGCUGCUGCAGCUGCUGAGCCAUUUGCGGGAUUUGUGGCUGUGCGACUUCAUGCGUCCCGAGGAGGAGGGAGCAGCAGCAGCUUCUCCGGGGGUCUUCUCGCCCCCUUGGCAGCAGCAGCAGCAGCAGCAGCUGCUGCAGCAGCAGCAGCAGCGGCAGCAGCACACCCGACACUGGGACCCCCGCAGAGACCCCAGAGAAGGCAUUGGCGGCCUCCGCUGUUUGCUGCAGCCGCUGCUGUCCAGAAGGGCCCGGCAGCUAAUGGCAGUUCUCUUCCAAACUGCGCAUUGCGGCCUCGUCAAAGAGACUUAG